AUGUCCCAGGAGAGCCGAGACAAGGUCGCCAUCAUUGGCGUCGGCUGCAAGUUUCCGGGCGCAAACAGUUUAGAAGAGUUCUGGAGAGUACUAGAAAACGGUGAAAAUCACGUGAUUGAGAUCCCAGAAACCCGCUGGUUUCACGAGGCCUUUUACGACAGUGAUUUCAACACACCGGCAAAAACCCACGCUAGGAAAGCAGGGCUGCUCAAAGACCACCUGGCCUUCGACAACAAGCUGUUCAACAUCAAAGACGUGGAGGCCGAUAUCAUGGAUCCACAACAAAGAUAUGUGCUGGAAUGUUGUCACCGUGCUCUAGAGGACGCCGGCAUCACCCGGGAUCAGAUCAAGGGCUCUAACACCAGUGUCUACAUGGGCGCCAUGAACCAAGACUACCGCAGCGAGUUCAACGCCCCCUCCAUGGUACCAGACAACUACGCAGUGACUGGAGUCUCCAGCAGCAUCAUCGCCAACAGAGUGUCCUUUGUCUAUGACCUGCGGGGGUCAUCUGUUACCUUGGAUACCGCCUGCUCAUCUUCUCUAGUGGCCAUUGAUCUGGGAUAUAUGGCUCUAAAAGCCGGAGUCUGUGACAUGGCCAUCUGUGGUGGGGUCAGCUCCAUCCUGUGUCCUGAUCUCUUCAUCCAUCUCAGCAAGGCUCGCAUGGUUUCUGCCAAAGGCCAAUGCUUCGCCUUCUCCGACCAGGUGGACGGGUACACCCGUGGCGAGGGCUGUGGGGUCGUCAUCCUAAAGAGAUACCAAGAUGCUAUUAAAGACAAGAACAAAAUCUGGGCAACAAUUGAUUCCUUCUCUAACCAAGAUGGCGGCACGGUAACGCCCAUGUCCAAGCCGUCAGGAGAGCAGCAGGUUAGACUUCUGGAGGAGAUCUACAGUAGAAACAGGAUUGAUCCCAAACGUCUGGCUUACAUUGAAGCACACGGAACUGGGACCGUUGUCGGUGACUUCACUGAAGUCAACGCCUUGGGCAAGUUCUUCAAAAUAAAGCAAGCAGAGCAGUAUCGUUACCUCGGCUCCGUGAAGACCAACAUUGGGCAUCUGGAAUCAGCUGCCGGAUCUGCGGGUCUAAUCAAAGUUCUUCUGAUGAUGAAACACUCAAAGAUUGUGCCUUCUCUGCAUUUCGACAGACCCAAUCCAAAUAUUGAUUUUAAUGGCUUUAACCUGCGGGUUCCAACAAAAGUCAUUGCUUGGCAAGCUGUGACUAAACUGGCCAGUGUCAGCUCUUAUGGCUUUGGUGGUACAAACUGUCAUGCAAUCAUUGAAAGUCAUGGCCAGCCUCCUAGUAUCAGUAGUGACGUGAAAGCAGAAAGUAUCGUCUGCUUUUCUGCAAUGAACCUGGAGUCACUCAAGGGCAGCAUGAAAGACUUUGUUAAUUAUCCAAACGUACAGUCCAUGAAUAUUGAAGACCUGUCGUUGACGUCCACCAGACAUCGCGACCACUUCUCUGUACGCCAGGCUUUUGUGGCCAACACUACGGAGAGUUUACUAGGCCAAGUGGUGGAUGAAAUGGCGAAGGUCAAGCAUGAUUCCACAGAUGCCAGAAAGCCAAAGAUUGUGUUUGUCUUUAGUGGAAUGGGGACUGCCUGGGCUGGAAUGGGCAGAGAUUACAUGUCUAACAGCAAGGUAUUUAGAGAUAAGAUCAGGGAAAUUGACAAAUUUCUGGGUGGUUAUGUCCCCUGGACGGUGGAAGAUCGCUUAUGCACGGAGUAUGAUACAAACGAUGAGAUGUUCUGGCCGAUUGCAAUAUGUGCUUGUCAGAUAGCAACAGCGCAUCUUUGGAUGAGUUUGGGUGUCACCCCAGACUGUACCGUGGGUAGUUCUGUGGGUGAAGUAGCUGCCGCCCACAUUGCUGGACGUGUAUCCUUGUCUGAUACAGUCAAAGUCAUUUAUCAUAGAUCUAAACUUUUGGCCAGGCUUGUUGGAUCUGGCCGGAUGAUCUUGUUUAGAGGAGUUGGCAUUGAGGAUGUUGAUCAAAUUGUCAACAAGUGGCCAGGCAAGGCAAAUGUCUCUGUAAGAACUAGCCCAAGGACUUGCGCGGUCAGUGGUCAGACUGACAUCAUAGCUGCCAUCGAAGAUGAUGUGAGAAAACUGGCGAAGCUGCAAAAAGUGGACAUUGAAGUCAUCGAUCUGAACCUCCCUCUUGCCUACCAUAGCCAUUGUGUGGAUGGGUGCAAGGAUGAACUGAGGCAGGCACUCAACGGCACUGGACCUUGUCUCUCAGCAGCUGGUAUAGACAUGAUUUCCAGUGUAACGGGCGAAUUUAUCAACGGACCGGUCAAUGCGGAAUACUGGGUGGACAAUGUUCGUGAGCCGGUACUCAUCAUGGAAGCCCUGAAGAAAUCCUUUAUAGAUGAGGACAACACCGUGUACAUUGAAGUCGGCUCCAAACCUCUGAUGGCGGCUCAUACAGAUGACAUAUUUCCUGGGAAGAAUGUCAAGGUGGUUGUGUCCAUGCGCUCUAAGGGAACAUGGAAAACAUUUCUGGAAGCUCUAGCUAAAGCUUACAAACAUGGUUGCAGUGUCGACUGGAAGAAUCUGCCCCAGUCUGGGCAUCUCCUGACCGCAGUUCCUCGCUACAGCUUCAACCCCAGAAGAUGUCUGCAUCACUCAGAGACUUCAUCAAUGACAAUGGCUGGAAUCAAUUUCUUGAAGAGAGAUCAUCCGUUUGUGUUUCCAGUGGAAUCCACAAACAAGCACAAGGUCUUUCUGACACUUGCAACAUUCAGGUCUGUGUUUGACCACAAAGUGGCUGGUCAGCUAAUUAUCCCAGGUGCUCUCUAUGUUGAGUGCGGUUUUGCUUUGAGCAAACAGAUAAGCCUCAGUGAAGCAGAGCACUACUCUGUGUCGGCGACAUUUGAACAGGCCUGCCAUUUUACAGAGAAAGAACCCGUUGUGUUCACGCUUGAUGUCAGCGCCUCUCAGACUAUAGAUACCAGCUCCUCUUUCAAGAGCUACAGAAUUGCAAUCAUGCACCACAAGACGCGCUUUGCGACGGUUCAACUACAUCCACACUAUGCCCCAAAGGACAAAGUGGCCGUCAACAUUCCACAAGUGAUGAUUCGAUGUCAGGAACUCUUCAACAGAAACGACAUUUACGACAAGCUGACCAGGUUCGGCUUUAACUACGGCCCUCUCUACAAGCUUCUCUAUGAGGCUAGGAAAGGUAAUGAAGAAUGUAUUGUCCGUGCAAUGAUUCCUGACGAACUUGUCCAUGAGUGCGCUGCCACGAUAGUGCACCCGUCCUUGCUAGACGUUAUGAUUCAGACAUUCAUUGUUCUCUUAGAAGAGAGCGGGGACAGGAAAGAAUUACUACCCAUCUCCAUAGGAAAGGUGACGCCUUACAGGACUUUUGAAAAGCAAAUGUACAUCUACACAACUGUCAAGGAUCGUUAUGGCAAGAUGAUAAUAUUUGACAGCAAACUGACAACACUGGAUGGGGACAUAAUUGUAGAAAUGGAGGAUCUGACCCUGAAAUUCCUGUCUGCAGAGACCAGCAAUGAUGAACACAGCACAGAGCACAUCUCCAGAAGUCACUGGGUGAUGAAAGUACCAGACUACCCCUACACUCAGCAAACAGAUCCACAGAUUCUGUACAUGAGCAAUGAAUCUGUGCCCCCUGAGGUGACAAGUAUUGAGUACAGUAUCGAUGAAGACUGCAGUGAAACAAUCAUAAGACACAUGGACUCUCUUAAGAAAAACCGCAUCCUAGACACUUUUCGCUUGAUUAUUUUCAACAUCAGCUUUAAGUUUGAUGAAUCUGUAGAAGCAGCAGUAAUCCAGUCAAAGAUUGUAAACCUCUGCAUGGUCCUGAAAAGUGUCUUCUGUUUUCCCCUAAAAAUCCCCGUCCAUGUUUUCACAAGAUGGGCCCUCCCUGCUGAAUAUUCAUCGUCUAACAGGGACAACAUCAACCCUGUAAUGACUUCAGUCUGGGGGAUGAUUAGAAGCGCUAUCCAGGAACAGGCUGCAGACAUUUCUGUGUUUGAUCUCCAUUUACCACAGGCACAGUGUUCUCUGGAUCGCAUGACUUCCAUCUCUAACUUUGUUCACAAGAAUGAGGAUCUAAAACGCUUCAAUGAAUGGCUGGUCACAGAAAACAGAAUGUUUGUUCACGAGAUUAUCUCACUCACCAACAAUACCGUACCGGUCUUCAGGCACAUCUCUGCGGACAGACACAAACAUGUCCUACAAGUCUCUAACGGACCUCUGGGCUCCACGGAAACAUUUUGUGUGUAUGAUGAAAGCGAAAUUUGUGGCAACAGUCAAAAUAAUUUGGAGAUUAACGUCACAGAUUCAGUUAUCCUUCACCCAAAACUGUUCAACCUGUCAGUGCCGUACAGUACCAUGGUACCACACAGGAGUCACUUGGGGAAUGGAAGUGUUGUCUUUGUUCUAGAAACAAGAGGCAAACAAGAUGACACUAGUGAAAAUGGAAGUCACUGGGAGAUCAUGUCAUGUUACCCAUCUCCUAUGGGGUCGCAGAUCUCUGUGCCAGCUGAAGCUACUGUGCCGAGAGAGAUGUUUGAGGAUUACACAAAUGGCGACCUCGUCAGGCUCUCUGUGCUGAUGACCCUGUCUGAAUACAUUAAGGGCAACUCCCUUACAAUCCUGACGUCGUCAUCUACAAAAGGAUUUGGUCAAAUACUAUGUGAUAUUCUGGCUUUUAAAGAUAAGAAGCAGACAAGACACAUCCAGCUUCUAACUCCUGAACAAGUAGAAAGUGGUCAGAGUUUAAACAGGACGGUGGUGUCGCUGGUUCUCCUAGACGCCAGCUUGGUGUCUACCCUGAUCAACCACUGGCCCCAGGCGGAGUGCCUCGUCACGGUGGCGCCACUCGUGAGUCAAAGCGUCAACUGUGUCAUCACCUACCAUUUCCCAGAUAUCAAGGUCAUCGUCAUAGACCCAUCAGAGAUCUUUCAGCCAAGGAAUCUCCUGGAGUUAAUUCCACAAGUGAAAGAGUUUCUGUCUUGUCACAGACAUCAGGUAUCCAAAUGUCUGAGUGGAGGGGACAGACUGACUGACAGAUUUCCAGAAGUAACGGCUGACCUCAAUGAUCUGCUCAAAGUCCAAGCUGUCAAGGUCAAUAGGUCAAGUGUCAGAGUUGACCACCAUUACUUGUUUAAACAAGACGCCGUGUACGUUGUGGUGGGUGGGUUGACAGGGUUGGGCUGGGUUACUGUCAGGUUCCUGACGUCACAAGGGGCAGGUAAUAUCGCCAUUCUAAACAGAAGAGCCCCAGGUGAAGCAAAGACAAGGGAGAUAAAUGAACUGUGUCAACAAUCAGCCUGCAACAUCCAAUGUUUCCAGUGCGAUGUCUGUGACAAAGAUUCUCUCUCUAAUGUCUUAAACGUCAGCAUAGCCAUCGAAUUUCCUAACAGGCCUUUGAAGGGGAUCUUUUUUGGAGCAGCCGUUGAAGGAGAUGCAAUGCUGAGUAAUGUCACAAGAGAACAUCUAGAGAAUAUGAUGUCACCCAAGGUCUUGGGUGCGUGGAAUGCGCACACGUUGACUGAAGAUCACGAUCUGGACUACUUUAUCUUGCAGUCUUCAGUGACUUCUGUUAUUGGAAACGUUGGACAGACCAGCUAUGGGGCCGCAAAUGCUUUUCUAGAUGGCCUAGCUACUUUCAGAAGGCACAGAAAUCUGCCAGGUCAAAGCAUUAACUGGGGAGCCUUGAAUCUUGGGAUGUUGACCAACAAUGAAAAGGCUAAGCAGAAUCUAACCCAAAGAGGAAUGAAGCUGCUUACAGAGGAAGAGAUUCAAGAAAUGAUAAUUCCCAUUCUUCUCUUGGACUCUGGCCAGACAGUCGCCUGCAGUUUUGAUAGCGACCUGUGGCGCAAGAAUGCCUUGGCUACUGCACACGGCUCAACUGCCAAAACUGUCAACGAUAAGCUGAGACAUGCCUUGCAGAAAGCUCCCCAACUCCCCCAGCAGGACAGACUCGACAUCUACACCGACUUGCUGACUGCCGUGUCAGCAAACAUCAUCGGGAUCGACGAGUCACUGCUGCAGCCGGACUCAGACUUACCCAGUCUAGGAAUGGACUCGUUGCUGGCAAUGACCAUCAGAAAUGAGGUGUUUAAAAUAACGCAGUGUCGUAUACCGGCUGUGAUUCUGGUCAGUGGUGAGGUCACUGUGCGAAUCCUCGCAGAAACACUGGACCUGGAGGUUCAGACGGAGAUCAGUCAAAGAAAAUAA